AUGCCGCGGUGGUCGUCCCCGAAGGACCCCGCCCUGGAGGCGGCGCUCCGGCGUAACCGCCGCUGGGUCGUCAACAACCAAAUCAAGCGCCUCCUCCUCCGUUUCCCGUCGCGCACGGCCCCCGUGCGCUUCCUCCAGUCCCGCUUCAAGACGCUCGAUCUCAUGGGCCGCGCCGCCAAUUGGCUCGGCAAAUACCCUUCCUGCUUCGAGGUCUUCUCCGCCGACGCCGGUGGCGGUGAGCAGGAGCCCCACUUCGGCUUCACAAAGCGGAUGGCGGCGCUCGUCCACGCGGAGGAAGCUGCCGUCGCGGCCUCCGAGCCGGCCAUGGCGGACCGCCUCGCGCGCGUGCUCAUGCUCGCCCGCGGCCGCCGCCUACAGGUUUCCAAACUCGCCGCGCUGCGGGGCCCUCUCGGCCUCCCUGACGACUACCUCCUCCGCCUCCUCCCCGCCAACACCGAUCUCUUCCGCCUCACCAACCCCUACCCGCACCGCCGCAACGCCGCUGAGCUAGAGCUCCUCAGAUGGGCGCCCUCGCUCGCCGUCUCCGCCGUCGAGGCCGCCGCGGUCGCGAGUUACUCGACCCCACGGUUCACCUGCUCGCUACCGGCCUCAUGGGUCAAGUCGCACGCCAAGAUGGAGGAUUUCAACGCCUCCACGCCUUACAUCUCGCCCUACUCGGAGGAGUGGGCUUUGCCGGGCACGGACGCCGAAGCCGAGAAGCGAUCGGUGGCCGUGGUGCACGAGCUCCUCUCUCUCACCCUGUGGAGAAAGAUGUCAAUUUUGAAGCUGGAGCAUUUUAGGAGGGAGUUUGGGCUGCCGGAGGACACAGUGAGGAUGCUGCUCCGGCACCCCUGCCUCUUCUAUGUGUCGAAUCGGUACAAGAUACAUACAGUGGUGCUCCGUGAGGGCUACGAGGGAUCAGAGCUGAGGGAGAAGGAUCUGGUGGUGCUGGCCAAGGAUCGGCUCGGGGAGCUCAUGCAGGAGGGGCUGCGUGAGUAUAACCAACGGCGGCAAGCGAUGAAUUUUGAGAAGAAGAGGAGGAGAGGGGAGGUUGAGGUAAAGAAAGAGAAAGAGGUGGAGGAUGAGGAAGCGGCGCGCUUGGAUAGUGCAGAGAAAAGGGAGGAGAGGAGGCGGUUUUAUAAGCCAUCUGUUGUUGUGUUGACAGUGUGCCAUUGGCCUGAGCGGAUAGAGAAAAGGUGGAAAACGUUUUCUGUGCGCAUGUGUAUUUUGAUGGGGUACCUGGUUCUCUUGUUGCUCGGUCACAUCGGCCUUCCCGCUUGGGAGUGGGGAAAACACAGCCGGAGAGUUUCUGAUCUGGUGUUAGGGUGGACAAUUGAAACACAGCUAAUUUUUCCAUCUAGACAACAAAUCUUGGUGAAGAGUUUCUCUUGCCAAGACAUAGAGCGGCACUUUGGUGCUCUUUCUGCACAUAUGUGGCUUGGGAUGAUUUUGAAUUCUGGAAGCAGAAUUACUGCUCCAUCCUUGGUUGAAAAGGAUGAUAACAUGGCAAAGCUGAUGUCGGAGACUGGCAACAUGCGUUCCAACCUGCUCGUGCCUGGUUGCCAGAGGAGGGAGAUGGCUUCGAAGUUAGCCAUGAAAAUGGUAGCCAUGUUUGGUGACGAUGAUGAAGAAGCAUUUGAGGAUAAACGCCUAUUCAACUACCCACGGCGUGGUGAAAUACCGAUGCCUAAAACUCGUUUUUUUCAUCUAAGCCUUGAUGCUUGCCCACAGCAGCAAAAAAAAAAAUCUGGCAUCGCAAACUUUGGCAUCGAGAAAAGUAGAUACGUCGAUGCUUGCUUUGAAAGGGGAUAUGUGGUCCCACCUGCGAGUGUAGCUUACCCGAGUCUAGAGAUGGUAAUGGCCCCCGAUGCCCGAUUCCCUGCAGGGGCUAUGUCCGAUUUAGUCUCCAUGUGGAUAAAUGUGGAGAAGCAUGGUGGGAGAUCUAGUUCUGUCCCAGGCGCAGACGCACCAGGUCGCCACGCCAAGAACCGCCGCACCGGCGCCGGCGCAGGCGUUGGAGAAGAGGCCGAGGACCAGGUGCAGCCAUGUGGCACGGCGGCGGCGGCCGUCCCGUUGCGGAGCUUGGACGGGGUCAGGAAGGCGCACGCGCGGCAUAUCAAGCUGGGCCUCGACCGCUGCCUGCGGCACGCGCGGCCGCUGCUCGCGGCGUGCGCCCUCUGGGGCUGGUCGGGCGGCAUGGAGCUCGCGGCGUCCAUCUUCGAGUCGCUCGUCGAGCCGGAGGCCUUCGAUUACAACACCCUGAUGCGCGGCCACGUCGGUGGCGGCCGCGGCGACCGUGAACCGGCGGCCGCGCUGCGCCUUUACGUUGACAUGCUGGAGGCGGGCGUCGGGCCUGACAGCUACACGUUCCCGUUCGUACUCAAGGCGUGCGCGCAGCUCGCGGCCUUGCAAGAAGGGAGGCAGUUGCAGGCGCACAUCGUGAAGCUCGGGUUCCAGCACGACGAGCACGUGCAGAACAGCCUGAUCAGCUUCUACGGCAAGUGCGGGGAGCCGGCGAUGGCUCGUCUGGCGUUUGACCGGGUGGAGGCCGAGGAGCGGACGACGGCUUCCUGGAGCGCACUCCUCGCGGCGUACACGAAGGCCGAGCUGUGGGGCGAAUGCCUCGAGUCGUUCGGCGCGAUGGUACUCGAUGGGUGGAGGCCCGACGAGAGCUCCAUGGUCAGCGUGCUCUCGUCGUGUGCGCACCUGGGUGCCUUCGACGUCGGGAGGAGCAUCCACUGCGCGCUGCUGAGGAACACCGCGAGGCUGAACGCCAUCAUGCAGACGUCCCUGGUGGACAUGUACGCCAAGUGCGGCAGCAUCGAGAAGGCCGCGGCGGUGUUCGACGCGAUGGAGGACAAGAACGCGUGGACGUACAGCGCCAUGCUAUCCGGCUUGGCGCUGCACGGGGACGGGCGGAAGGCGCUGCAGGUGUUCUACGCGAUGGUCCGGGAGGGCCACGCGCCCGACGCGGCGGCGUACGUCGGCGUGCUGAACGCCUGCAGCCGCGCCGGGCUGCUCGAGGACGGGCUGCGGUGCUUCGACCGCAUGCGGCUGGAGCACAAGGUCGCGCCCAACGCGCAGCACUACGGCUGCAUGGUGGACCUGAUGGCCCGCGCCGGAAGGCUGGACGACGCGCGCGCGCUCAUCGGGAGCAUGCCCACGGGGCCGACGGACACGGCCUGGCGAAGCCUGCUGAACGCGUGCCGGAUCCACGGCGACCUGGAUCUCGCCGAGCGCGCCCUUGAGGAGCUGAGGCGCCUGGGCGCCACCAACGCCGGCGACUACGUCAUCGUCGCGGACAUGCACACCAGGACCAAGAACUGGCCCGCUGCCGCCGCGUUCCGGACAGAGGCGGUGGACUGGGGCCUCGCGCAGUCCCCCGGGUUCAGCGCCGUGGAGGUACGCGGCGAGCUGCACCGGUUCGUGUCGCAGGACAUGUCGCACCCGCGGACGCGCGACAUCUACGAGAUGCUCCACCAGAUGGAGUGGCAGCUGCGGUUCGAUGGCUACAAACCUGACACGUCGGAGGUGGCGCUGGACGUGGGCGAAGAGGAGAAGCGGCGCGUGGUCGCCGCGCACAGCCAGAAGCUGGCCAUGGCGUUCGGCCUGCUCAGCACGCCGGAGGGGCCGCCGGUGAGGGUCGUGACCAACCUCCGGAUGAGCAAGGAAUGCCACGCGUACAGCGCGCUGAUCUCGGAGAUCUUCAGGCGGGAGAUCGUCAUCAGGGACCGGAACCGGCUCCACCGGUUCAGGCGCGGGGCCUGCACAUGCAGUGACUACUGGUAA